AUGUACCAGGCCACACCUGGCCCACCCGGCUCCAGCCGUCAUCAGUCGCCCCACUACGGGCUUCUUAUCGCUCCCGCAGCUCCGAUAAGGCUCCCAACGACAACGGGAGCCAGCCCUCUUCCGUCAUCUUCACUCCUUCAAGUCGCCCUCUUCCCAAGCUAUCCCCCGAGGCUGCCACCAUUCCCAGAGCUGAGCCAGCAAGCAUGA